AUGUGGUUGUCCAACAGCUCCAGCUCCUCCAGCCACAUGUUCAUCCUGACGGGCAUCCCGGGGCUGGAUGCUGCUCACAUCUGGCUCUCUGUCCCUUUCACCUGCAUUUACACUGCGUCCCUCGUGGGGAACUGCAUGAUCCUCUUUGUCAUCAGGAGCGAUUCAAGCCUCCACGAGCCCAUGUACCAACUCCUCUCCAUGUUGGCCAUGACUGACCUGGGCUUGUCUCUGUCUACAGCACCAACUGUGAUGAGGGUUUUCUGGGCCAACUGCAGGGAAAUCAGUUUUGACGCCUGUUUUGCUCAGGUUUAUUUUGUUCAUUCUUUCUCCUUCAUGGAGUCCUCAGUGCUCCUGGCCAUGGCCUUUGAUCGCUAUGUGGCCAUCUGCUACCCGCUGAGAUACACCUCCAUCCUCACCAGUGCCAGGACAGCCAAGAUCGGGCUGGCUGCUCUCUGCCGGUGCCUCUUCGGGGUGCUACCAUCACUCUUCUUGUUGAGAAGGUUGCCCUUCUGCCGUUCCCAUGUGCUGUCCCACGCCUACUGCCUGCACCAGGACCUGAUCAAGCUGGUAUGUGCAGACAUCACGUUCAACAGCAUGUACGGGUUAGCUGUGGCCAUCCUCAUAGUGGUGCUAGACCCACUGCUCAUUCUUCUGUCAUAUAUUAGGAUUUGUAAGACAAUCGUGAGGUUUCCAUCCCGGAGGGAGCGUCUCAAGGCUUUGAACAGCUGCCUGUCCCAUGUCCUGGCAGUCCUGAUUCUGUACAUCCCCAUGGUUGGCUUGUCCAUGGUUCACCGUUUCGGCAAAAAUGUUUCCCCUCUCGUUCAUGUCUUCCUGGCCAACAUCUACCUGCUGGUUCCCCCCGUGCUGAACCCCAUCAUCUACAGCAUAAAAAACAAGCAGAUCCGCAGGGGUGUCCUCAAGGUCCUCACGCCAAGGAAGAGCUUCUUCCCUUGGCACCGCAGCACAUAA